ACUGUCUGUACCCCAGCAGACAGAAGCACACAGGUCAUCAAUGGAGCUGUCAGAUGAUCCGAGGGCGAGGGGGCAGGAGGAGGCUCCCCCAGCGCCGCUGCCCUGUGUGUCCCAAAUGAGAAGCAGCAGCUACAGCGCCAUCCAGCAGCAGGGCUACUCUGCAUCCAUCUUUCUACGACGCAAAGACAAGCUGGAACGGACCCAGCAGAAGUGCAUUGCCUUCUUUGCCCUGCUCUGCUGCUUUGCUGUGCUGGUGGCACUCAUCUUCUCAUCAGUCAACAUUUGGGGGGACGAUGAGGACGGUAUCACAGAGGAGAACUGUAGCAGUGACUGCAGCAUUGCGCUUGUGGAGAAUAUUCCGGAUGACCUCUCUCUCCCCCGGGAUGGCAGACCCCAUCUCCCUCUCUCUGUUGGCUUUCAUACAUUGUUGGACCAGGCGAAGCACUCAGUGGAGGUGGUGUCACCUGUCUGGGACUUAAACCCCUGGGACCAGGAAACAAUACCAAGCACUGCCAAACAGGGUCAGUUGUUGUUCCAGAGGCUGCUCAGCCUGAAGUCUCGUGGGGUUAAACUGAAGAUUGCCAGCAGUCUGACUAACUCUGCUGAACUGAAGACCUUGGCAGCACACAUUGCAGAGGUUCAUUUUGUUAAUAUGACAGCUCUCACCAGAGGAGGACUCCAUUCUUCAUUCUGGGUGGUGGAUCGGAAGCACAUUUACAUCGGGAGCGCUGAUAUGGAUUGGAGGUCACUCUCCAAGAGGAAAGAACUGGGGGUGGUGGUGUAUAACUGCAGCUGUCUGGCUCUGGACCUCCACCGAGUGUUUUCAUUUUACUGGCAGCUCCACGAGAGGGACUACAUCCCCUCCAUCUGGUCGAAGAGAGUUACAGCCCUGUACGGAAGGCAUGACGCCCUGGAGCUACAACUCAACGCCACAGAGGCCGCUGCUUAUGUGUCUACCUCUCCUGAACUUUUCUGCGCUAAAGAUCGCACCAGAGAUGUAGAUGCCAUCUAUCAAGUCAUCCAGAGUGCAAAGACAUUUAUCUUCAUAUCUGUGACGGACUACCUCCCUCUGGUGAGCAGGAGUUUCAGAGGAACCACAGUCACAAGGUAUUGGUCGCUUAUUGAUGAGAUGAUCAGAGAGGCCGUGGUACUGAGAGGAGUCAGAGUCCGGCUGCUGAUCAGCUUCUGGAAGAAGACUCACCCCCUCACCUUUAACUUUGUCACCUCCCUCAAGUCACUGUGUAUGCAGAUGCACAACUGUUCAUUAGAGGUGAGGUUUUUCAGUCACAAGGAGCAAGAGGAUGAUAUUCAACAUGGGCUCAACCACAACAAGUACAUGGUGACCGACAAUGCUGUUUACAUUGGUAACCAUGACUGGGUCGGGAGUGACUUUGCCAUCAACACAGGAGUUGGGUUGGUGAUCAAGAUAAAUAAUAACCUUAAAGACAGAGGAGUGACAAUCCUGGAACAUGUGAAGGCUGCUUUUGAAAGAGACUGGAGGUCACGUUACGCCAAGAGCCUUCAAGGAAAUAAAGAUCAACUGGGAAAAUACAGAAACCUGCAACAAGCCAAAAUUCACAUGGAGUCUAAUGAGGAAAAGAAGUGGAACACGCCUAUAUCUUUAUAAGCACAGAAUGUGUUUCUAUAUCCUAAAGCCUCAUAAGGUUGAAUACUCUAGAGUUGACAAUAAGUGUACACAAUAUAGGAAUGUGAAUUACACUUUUAUAAUUGACUUUUAUUUUGCCUCAUUAUUUUAAUAGAUUCAGAUCAAGAGCUCCGGGUGUUGAUGUCACUCUAAAUAGCGCCAUUUUGGCAGGAAACCGCAUAGCAGCUACACUGCAAAAAAAGAAAAGUUGGGUGAACUCAAAAUUUCAAGGCAACAAACUUCGAUUACAUUUUAAGUUGGACAAUUAAACUAAAUAUUUUAAGUUUUGUUUUGGAGUUUGCUCAACUCUGAAUUCAGAUUUUUGUCAACUCAACUGUAAAUUGUACUAACUUACAAUUUUACAUUGUAAUAACUUUUAAUCCUUACUUCUGCUAACUUCUGCAAUGUGCUGAAUUGGCACGAUUGUAACACCGCUAUGAAAUGUCAGCUAAUGUUGCGACCACAAUUUUGAGUUAGCAUUGAUACGCUAAUGGCUACUCUUGUAGCUGUAACAAGCAGCGCCGCUAGCAUCAGUUAGCCACUAGCAUCAGUUAGCCGCUAGCUUUCGCUAAUGAAUUUGAAUUUUUUUCCCGCAUUUCACAACAAAGAAAUAAGAGUUAUCAGAACUAUUGUCCCUUGUUGUGAACCCCAACUUAAAGAUAUAAGUAACAACAACUCACCAACUUGUUUUUGAGCAGACAACUGGCUUCCUUUGUUGUGCUAACUUACAUUAUUGCCCUAAAUGUCAAUAAUUUAUAUUUCCAAGUUUUGCCAAUUUAAAUCACUGUUUCAGGCCAAAAAAUACAAGCUGCCUUUUUUUGCAGUGUAGUUUCUUCACCUGCCUUAUUUUCAGCACAGAGUGAGCAUGGUGGAUAGCAGGUGUGCACUGGGAUGCCAGAACCAAUAUGGAGAAGUGAAAGGGAGAGCAUUUUAUUGGAUUCCUUAAGAACCUAAAGGCAGCCAACAUGGAUUACUGCAGUUUAAUGAGUUGUAAACAAACUGGAGACAACUGAGCAGCAGAUUUGGACUGUGUUUUGGAUUGCGUAAAGACCACUUUGUAUCAGGUACAGAAUGCAAUGCUUACUAAAGUAAUCUCUUAUAUAUUUAACAAGCUUUUAUUUUGGUAAACCCAACCACCCAUGGCUUCAAUUUAGGGUAAUUUAAUCUUUGGGAGUGAUUCGAUUACAGAGGUAACGUUAACUGUCUUGAAGAAACAGACUAGCUGGUCGCUAAUGCUACAUGCAAGUUAGUAUACGGCUAGGUUAAUGUUACACUGCCUGUUGCUAAUGCUAAUGUUAACUGAAGCAACACUUACCCUUCUGAUGACGACAAGCUCUUUUUGCUGGCUGACUCCAAGGCUGAAUAUUAUUCCAAAGUCCAGAUUUCGUCCAUAUAUACCCCGCCAGCUUCUGGGAGUGUUCAGGGUUUCUCCAUAGCAGGAUGAGAGAAAGUUGAACAGGUAAUCUAAAACAGCUUUUCUCAACCUUGGGGUCGGGACCCCAAUUGGGGUCGCGAGAUGAUUUCUGGGGGUCGCCAAAUCAGUUUGGAAGUCAGCUCUGUCUCCACUGUGUUAAAGUGUUCAUGUGUUAAUGUGUUUUAGUCUUUUUAGUCACUAAAUGUC